AUGUGUUCAGAUGGCUGGACGGAGGAACAUAGCACCGGCGUCUGUAGGCACAUGGGAUACAGUGGAAGCAACAAUACAAAAAUCAUAAGCAAGUUUGGAGUUGAAUACGCACUGCGGAUUACUGAUGAGGUGAAGUCUGGCGCAAGUCUUUUCAUGUCCAACUUCAAACCAACGUCUAACUGCACAAGUGGUCAGUACAUUGCAGUGAGUUGUGAUCAUGAAGCUUGCGGCAAGAGAGACGGUUCUUACGACUUGAAAGAUUCUUACAUAAAGAACGGAAAGAUAGCGAAGUUAUCAGGCUGGCCGUGGCACGCCCAAGUGUACGCCAUUGAUGAUGACAUAGAAGGACGUUGUGGUGGCAGCAUCGUCAGUGACCGGUGGAUUUUGACGGCUGCUCACUGCAUAAAGUAA